UUAAAAUACUGAGUACCCAAAUACUCAAACAAAUUCCCCAGCCCUAGCUGGCAUUUCUCCAAUUUUAUAAAAACAAAGAAAUACAAGAUAAACCAGACAGAGAAUUAACGCAAAAACAUUAGAUGCGCCCAGCUUACUGAAACCAUCAAAAUGUCGGAAAUUAAAUCCCUAGAACACUCAACUCUAAAAGUUCCCUAUGAGAUAAUUAAUAAAAAAUUUAGGGUAGCUCAAAAGACAAUCGAUAGAGAAGUUGAUCAAAUACAAAAUAUUUCCCGAGAUGUAGAAAAAGCCCUAACCAUACAUCCUACCGUAUCUGAUGUUAGUAAAAUGGUUGGAAAUGUAGUACAGCGCUUGCAGGUUUUAAAACGCAAAUCAGAGGAAAGUAUUAACGAAGAACUAAAUGCUGCCUAUGUAUGCAAAAAGAAAUUGGGACAUCUUAAAGGCAUUGCCCAACCAGAAUCCAGUUCUGAUAUGGAAAUAUGGCAUGCUUCAAUCGAUCAAUGGAAACGUAUGCGUAUGGAUCGUAUGGUCAUAGAACACCUACUUAGAUUGGGUUACUACGAAACAGCAAAUCGUUUAUCCAAUCAUUCGGAUAUAAGGCAUCUAACGAAUUUGGAUAUUUUCCAUACCUCACGCGAAGUUGAAGAAGAUCUCUUAAGUUUUAAAACUACUAAAUGUAUUCUAUGGUGUAUGGAUAAUAAAUCCAAACUAAGAAGAAUUAAUUCCAACAUAGAGUUUAAUUUACGUGUACAGGAAUUUGUGGAGCUUGUACGCAAAGAUUUGAGAACUGAGGCGGUGAUACAUGCCAGAAAACACUUUCCGGCUUUUGAAAAAACCCAAAUUAAGGAAAUUUGCGAAUGUAUGGCUCUAUUGGCCUACCAACCGAAUACCACCAUUGAACCCUAUAGAAGUCUAUUUGAUUAUAGUCGUUGGAAGGAUUUGGUCUUGAAGUUUCGCAAUGAAAAUUAUCGUUUGUUUCAGAUAUCAUCACAAUCUUUACUCAGCAUUGCUGUACAGGCAGGCCUAUCAUCUCUGAAGACACCACAAUGUUUCUCAACCAAUUGUAAGAAUUUAAACUGUCCCGUUUGUCAAGAAGAUUUCAAUAAGAUUGCUACAAAUUUGCCAUAUUCACACUGUGUGCAAAGUCGUUUAAUUUGUAGAAUAACAGGUUUACCGUUAAAUGAACAUAAUUUACCCAUGAUGUUACCCAAUGGUCAAAUCUUUGGUCAGUUGGCCAUACCACAAAUUACUAAGGAAAAUGGUGUGGUUGUUUGCCCCAUAACUAAUACAAAAUUCUCUACACCAAAGAUUGAGAAAGUUUUCGUAAUGUAAGUGUCGUUUAAAUAAAAAAAAAAUUGUCGUCUUUGAACUAUACAAGAUCAAAACUAUAUACGUAUAUAUUUUUUUAAUGUAAACUGGAUUUUCAAAUAUUUUUUUCAUUUUUUUCUAUAAUUCUUGUAAACGAAAAUUAAUCUUUGUUUUAAAACAUGUUUUUAAACAUAAUCAGCUAAAUAUCUUUUAAACAAGUAAAGUAUAAUAAAUUUUC